GCGGGGCCGCGGGCAGAGCAGCGCGGGCAGCGAUGGCCGGCGGGGAGCAGCGCGCGCCCGGCGGCCCCGAGCGGGUGGCGCUGAAGAAGGAGAUCGGGCUGGUGAGCGCCUGUGCCAUCAUCAUCGGUAACAUCAUCGGCUCGGGGAUCUUCAUCUCGCCCAAGGGCGUGCUGGAGCACGCGGGCUCGGUGGGGCUGGCGCUGCUGCUCUGGCUGCUGGGCGGCGGCGUGGCCGCGCUGGGCGCGCUCUGCUACGCCGAGCUCGGCGUCACCAUCCCCCGCUCCGGAGGGGACUACUCCUAUGUCACCGAGAUUUUUGGUGGCCUGGCUGGGUUCCUGCUGCUGUGGAGUGCAGUGCUCAUCAUGUACCCAACUAGCCUGGCUGUCAUUGCACUGACCUUCUCAAACUAUGUCCUGCAGCCUGUCUUCCCUAACUGCAUUCCCCCCUACAAUGCCUCCAGGAUCCUCUCCAUGCUGUGUUUACUCCUCCUGACCUGGGUGAACAGCUCCAGCGUGCGAUGGGCAACGCGCAUUCAGGAUAUAUUUACAGCAGGAAAGCUCCUGGCCCUGACCCUCAUCAUUAUUGUGGGCUUCAUGCAGAUCUUCAAAGGAAACUACAAAGAGCUGGCACCAAGCAACGCAUUCAGAUUUUGGAUGACUCCAUCCGUGGGGCAUUUAGCAUUAGCUUUUCUUCAAGGGUCCUUUGCAUUCAGUGGCUGGAACUUCCUGAACUAUGUAACAGAGGAGCUGGUUGAUCCCCGCAGGAACCUACCUCGUGCCAUAUUCAUUUCCAUCCCACUGGUGACAUUUGUGUACACCUUCACCAACAUUGCAUAUUUCACUGCCAUGUCACCCCAAGAGCUCUUGUCCUCCAACGCUGUGGCUGUAACAUUUGGUGAAAAGUUACUGGGCUAUUUUUCCUGGGUUAUGCCAGUCUCAGUGGCCCUAUCUACAUUUGGAGGAAUAAAUGGAUACCUUUUUACCUCAUCAAGGUUGUGUUUCUCUGGUGCUCGAGAAGGCCACUUGCCAAGUUUGCUGGCCAUGAUCCACGUCAAGAACUGCACCCCCAUCCCUGCCCUCCUCCUCUGUUGCUUGGCCACACUUAUCAUCAUGCUUGUUGGAGACACAUACACACUAAUCAACUAUGUGUCAUUCAUUAACUACCUCUGCUAUGGAGUGACCAUUAUGGGCCUGAUUGUUCUGCGCUGGAAGAAACCCAAAAUCUUCAGGCCAAUCAAGGUGAACCUCCUCAUCCCCAUCACUUACCUGGCAUUUUGGGCAUUUCUGCUGGCCUUCAGCUUGUACUCUGAGCCGGUCGUCUGUGGGAUCGGACUAAUCAUCAUCUUAACUGGGGUGCCAGUGUUCUUCCUUGGAGUCUACUGGAGAAACAAACCAAAGUGUGUAAAUAGGCUAAUAGAGUCCGUGACGUGCUGGGGGCAGAAGCUGUGUUUUGUGGUGUACCCUCAGUGUGGAAGUCCUGAGGAGGAAGCAUCCUCAGCCCACUCCUGGAGGCUGGGGAGAGAGACAGCAGUGAGGAAAUAACAACAGCAGUGAGAAAUAACAACAGCGUGGCCUUCGAGGCUGAAGUGGCUUCUUGUUUACAUGCUGAUUUUUGAAAAAAAGUUUUUUCUGGAAAAAAAAAAUUAUUUUAGAGCACCAAUAGUGAAGCCCAUAAAAUGAGCUACAAUCUUUAUGGCCUCUGUAGAUUUUAGUUAUUCCCU